AUGUGGAAAGCGGCCUUCUCAGGCCGCAGUGAGGGCGGUGGAAGCUCAACAGGAAGAUCAAGUGAGCCAAGUAGACGCAAGAAGAGUCACCGCGCAGAGAGUGUGACCAGCUCCCGCACGCGAGACGAUGAUGACAGGCGGAGGAGUUCGCGGAUGAGCAGUGUCUACGACGAUGGGGGCGAGGAGAGUGUCUAUGGAGUGCCAUCUUCAGGUAUGGUGGGCUAUGGAUCAUCCCCAAUUCAAACCAGCUCUGCGGCGCCUCUCACUGCCAGCGCACUCCGCAUGUUGCCCGAUGAUGAGGAGCAAUGGGAGGAUGAAGAUCGGGAUGCGCGCAGCGAGAGGAAGAGCCGGCGGAGUGAGGGAGAGAGGAGGCGUAAGAGUGGAGGAAAGGAGCGCGAGAAGGAGAAAGAAAAGGAGAAGGAGCGAGAACGUGAAGGCGAAAAGGACCGGGCGAAAGGACGAUCUCGGAGUCACUCGCGCGAGAGGGAGCGCAAGAAGACGUCAAGCAAGUCCACUGCACCUACUAGCAAGUCUUCUGGAAGGGAGAAGGAAAAAGAAAAGGCGAGGGACAGUCAAAGCGAGAGGGAGCAAAAAUCCAAGCGACGUCCGGAGUUGGUGGAAUCGCCAGAGCGAGAGGGUCGGCGUGAGGGCUCUCGCGCUCUGCCGGAAAUGGGUAGUUUUGCACAGUUUCCAGGGCAAUAUGCUGAUGGGCAUAUGGGUCCUCUGCCAUCGCAAGACGCCAUGAUGUCGGGCGCUUUGCCCAGUCCUGCCCCACAACAAGGCCAAUUUCCAGGCCAGGAGCCAUAUCAUGACCAAUACGCAGACUCCAACAGACCCCCCUUGGAGCAUUCAAGCCACGGCUGGGGCGCAGCAGCAGAUUACUACUUGGACGCUGGUCAAUCAGUGCAGCAUCAACCCGGCGUGAGAAUUAGCAGCCCCAACAUGCUUGUCAAUCCGGAUCAACAUCUGGUUGCUGCGAGUGCCCAGCCGAUCCCCGCCAUGGACACGGGAAACGGAACUGCAAACGAUUUCUACUCGGGAGAUGUGUCUGUCAAUGUUCCUGGGKGCUUUCACGGCGCGGGAGCAAGUGCGUCUGCCCCAGUUACCCCGGCCUCGAAGCCCAAGCCUAAGCCGACCAAGCAGUCAUCAUGGAGUGCCUUCAAGCCGGCCAAGACAUCAAAGCCAGGAAAGGUGGGAAAGCCAGCCAAAACAUCAACUUCAUCAUCGAGUGCAGCCGUUGGCGCAAUGACCGCCGCUGCGGGGAUCGCUGCAUUGAGCGGCUCUUCACACGCCCAUUCUUCAUCCCAGCAGCAGUCAUCGUACUCGUCCAAGCCGAAUCGACACGACUCGGAUGGCAAUGUGUACUACGGCCCUCCACCACAAUCACAAUCUCAGCCUCCCUCCUACACAUAUGGGGUACCAGGCUCCACUACUGCGCAAGGUUCUGUCAACACCUACGGAGCGCAGUCAACGAACGGCGCGGGAUCGAGCUCAACUUACUAUACUAACGGCCAUGGAACAGCACACUCAACCCCAGGUAAGCAAUCUACUAAUACGAAUUCUAACAUUCCUCUCUAUGCAGCUGGCGCCGCCGCCGCCGGGCUUGCAGCUUAUGGCGUCAAUCAGCAACACGAACACAUCAGCCACAACACGACUUCAUCUGGUGGAUAUGGUGGUGGUGGUGGACAGGGACCUCCGCCACGACCCGGAAUGGGAGGCUUCAGCCACUAUMCCUCGAGUGGUGGUGGUGGGACAGGCAUGCAUCAACUUCACUACGGCCACGAACACAAAGGACCAAUGACUCGUCUGAAAGAUGGGCUACUCAACCUCAUCUCCACCCCUGAAGAUACUGCCAAAAUGGAGAUGUAUACUGAAUACAUUGGUGUUUGCAAGCACUGUUUCGAUCCUCGAACUUCCCCCUGGGACGCACCCCGACAGCAUCACUAUCACAAAAAUACCCGACGUGACUCGUUUGAAGAACUUCGCAGGCGCAGGUCGAAUGAAAGAUUGGGUCGCAAGGGCAGCAAUGACUCCCUCCGCCGCGCGGGAAGUGUGCGUGUUGACAAGGACAGCCGUUAUUACGCCUCAGAAAGCAGCCGAAAACGACGCGAGAGUGGGAAAUCAACUGGAAUCUUGGGCGCUGGUCUCGCAGCUGCUGGAGUUGCCGGCGUUGCCAAUGCGAUCYUCAAUGAUGGUCGGAAAGAUUUUGACGAUACUUAUAGUGUCAAAUCCGGACAUCGUGAAAGAUCUGCUGCUCGAAGGCGCAGUCGAAGUUCGUCCCGCGAACAGAGACGCAAAUCGACUCACGGUGUUGUGAGGCCGAGCGAUCGAGAAGAAUUCGUCACGGUCAGGCGGAAGGAUGGAACCGUGGAGCGUAGGAGAGUACAGAAAAAGUCGAGAUCUUCUUCUAGAGAGGGCAGAUCAAGUGCUUUCUUCGGUGCGGCUGCCGGUGCUGCUUUAGGCGCUGGAGCGGCAUCUGCAGGUAUGCGACAUCGUUCCAGAAGUCGAUCUCGAGAUUCAAAGGGCAAACGGAGAGAACGUCGCUCACCCAGGACAUCCUAUGGUCGAGAGGAGUCUCCCGAAUCAGGGGGCAUUUUUAGCUUCUUCUCGCCCCCGAGGAAGCAUGAAAAUCCCAGAAAGGAGGACCACAAGAAGAAGACGGCAUUCUUCACAUUCAGCAACAGCUCUGCCUCGUCCUCCAACUCCGAACUAGCAUUCGGCGAGGCAUUUUCCAGCAAGACAAGCUUGCCAUUACGCCGAAAGUCUUCCGGACGAUCCUCGACAAAGCGCUCUCGGAGAACAUCGGAUGACCAUUUUGCUGCAACUGUGGCUGGGAUUGGUGCAACCGCCGCUGCUCUCUCCGCUGCGCAGAAAGGCGGACGUAUCAAAAAGCGUACCAGCAAGGUGGAGCUGGGUGCACGGAAAGAUGUCAACAAGCGUGGCCGUACCCAAAAUCACGGCUCGCCAAUAUCUUCAGAGGAAGAGUGGGAAGACGAGCUGCCCUCCGAUGCCGACGGACAUUCCAGCGUCGAUGGAGGACUUGCAUUUGGUGACUAUGGCAGCAGACGGGUUUCCGGCCGCCAGAGCUUGGAGAGUAUCAACUCGCAGUCCUCCGCAGGUGGUCUCGGAGCCUGGGGAUGGCGUUGGGGCGGUAAAGAUAAGAAGAGACGAUCCAGGAACUCCACCUCUCCCCGCCCAUCGUAUGCGACGAGUGUCGCAGACUCCUUCGUCGCCCCAAGUGGGUACGUCCCGGAUACCAGCAAGCCGUACUCGUCCGGACAGCCCAUCUACAUUGACGACACUGGGCGAAAACUUCCCAGCAUGGCUUCAGCCUCCUCUCAGAGUGGCCACACUCAACCCUUGCAGGUCGUCGAUCCGCAACCGAUUUUCGAUACUGACCCACGGCACGCUUCAAUGCCAGGGGCAUUCGAUACAAAUUCGCCGCCAAUUUAUCGACCAGGUCCAGCCCCUCUACAACAACCUCAGCCCACGACCCCUAUCAAGCCGGCAUUCACCCAGGAUGAGGAUUCCAACUGGGCACGAAAUAUGGGCUCGAAUAGCUUUGCCCAGGAUGCGGCGCUCAUUGGUGCCGGAGCACUUGCCACUGCAGGCAUCAUCGCCGCUACAUCUUCCAAUAACUCCUUUAGCAGAAAAUCCAGAGACUCGGCAGGAUCCAACGUCCGCUUCGGCUUGACAGAGGAUCAGCAGCGCAAAGAAGAUCGCGAACGCCGAAGAGAGGAGAAGCAAGCCGACGAGGACCGUCGUCGGGCGGAUCGUACUCGCGCUCUGAAAGAAGAAGCCGAGCGUGCGACCAGAGAGAGUGAAACACGCAAAGCCGAGGCCGAGGCGCGAGAGCGGCGGCAGGAAGACAUUCGCCGUGCUCGUGAAGAUGAAAAUCGCAGAGCCGCCGAGGCGAAACUGGCCGCGGCGAGGAGGGAGGCUGAAGAGCAGGCCGAAAUCGACAAGGAGCGCCAGCGUUCAUUGAGGGAGAGGGAAGAGACUUAUCGGCGCGAGCAAAUCAGACUGGUCGAGCAGGCGCGACAACAGGAGGAGCGCAGAGAGGCAGRUGAAAGAGAGAGAUUCCUUCGAGRGCAGCAGGAGAGCGAGCGUCGUGCCAAGGAGCGAAAGGACAGCAAUCGAAAGACGUCAAAGUCUGGACGUGCCAGGGGUCAAUCUUUGUCGGAACAGAGCGAGAAGAAGCAGGCAGCUGCUUGGGGACCUGUUGCAGGCGCUGCCGCUGCGGCUACUGUCGGUGCUGUGAUUGCCAGUCGAGAGACCCGGGACCGCAAAGAGCCCAAGUCAACUUCGCGACGACAAGACGAAUCAUACGAAGCCAAGGAAGUCACUCCGCACUCCUCCCGGGACGUUGGCGAACCUCUCAUGGACGACGACAUCUUCGAUCCAGACUUCUUCAAGCGCAAACACAGCCCAGCCUCGCGAGAACGUUACGAAGAGCUGGCUCGCAAGGCGGCCGAUAAGGUCGUCUCUGCUGAGGGUGUCAUCUCGGAUCGCAAACGUGCGUACGAAGACCACAGCACGUACGCAGAGUUCUUCGCGCCCAAAGACGUUUUGUCUGAACCCGCGGAUGGCAAGACGAAAGUGCUGGGACCAAAUGCAGACAACGAUAUUCAGGUCUACCACGCACGAGACGCAGACAUGCUCGCCCACCUGGAUAGUGUCCGUUAUGGUGGAAGCAGAAGUUCCCAGCCAUACGGGGUUCCUAAGCUCAAUCUCAUUUCCCCCACACCGCCCAUCACAGAAACAAGUCCAGUGCGGACGAAGAGCUCUGUCACGUCCUCGCCAUCCUCUCCGCUGGCGAAGUCCUCAAAGUCCGUAGAGGAUGGAAUUCCAGAUGUAGAGACUGACAGUGAAACGAAGUCGGAGCGACUCAACAGGAGUAUUUCCUGGGGCGAAGACAAGACGCACGUCUACGAUGUGCAGACGCCGGAGAGCUACAAUGAAAAAGAGCGAGACUCGUACAUUACCAGCCCAGAUACGAGAUCUCCCGCUCGCGACGAUGUGUCUUCGGGCGAGAAGUUCCGAGGAAUUGUGGUCGAGGAAGCAUCAACAGGCGGCCAACCGAAGACGACGACUUACAGCGAAGAUGAGCUCGCAAAGCACUACCGCGAGUCAUCGAAGCAUGCUGGACCGCAGGCACCUUUAUACCGCCAGCCUUUUGUCGAUUCAGUGUCUGACUUCAGCAUCCAGCUUCCCUCGCCGGGAAGUAAGGGCGCAACGCCCAUUCGUGGGUAUAUAGAAGGCAAGCCCGACAAGACCAAGCAAGCCGAGGAGAAGACACGACGUAUUCCGGGUGGCUUUGAUGAUGAGGAAGAGGCUACGUCAGCUGGUGCGUCCCAAGAGACCAAGGCUAUUGAGGAGCCAGCAUGGGAAGCGCCGCUUUCGAAGAAGGACAAGAAGAAGCGCGACAAGGCCAGCAAAGACGCCGAGCCAGAGCCAGUAGUCGAGCAGCCCUCGGCCUGGGAGCCACCCCUUUCGAAGAAGGAACAGAAGAAACGUGACAAGGCCGCAAAGCGAUCGAGCACUAUCGACAGCGAGCCUUCCACUCCUGUCGUAACGGAACCCGAGGCCGUCAUCGACCCUAUCGUGCUGACAGAGUCUCCUACCACGAUCCCCGCAGACGAAGAGCCUGCAUGGGAGCCACCGCUUUCGAAGAAGGAGCAGAAGAAGCGUGACAAGGCCAAGAAGCAAGGUUUUGCAGAUGUAGUCAGCUCGAUUGACAGUUUGCCACGUGAUACCAAAGAAUCCCAGCCCGCAGAGACUACAACUCGCGAAGCAUCCCCGGUGACUGUGGAGGAGCCUGCUUUGACCAAGAAAGAGCAGAAGAAAAAGGACAAGGAAGAGAAGAAGUCCGGCUUCGGCGGAUUUGCCGAUAUAGCCGAUACUGUCCUUGCGGCUGGAGGCAUCGCUGCGGCGGCCGCUGCUCUCGACACUGUCGAAGACGUGGAUGGAUCCAGCUCAUCUGGCAAGAAGAAGGGUAAAAAGGGGAAGAAGGCCAAGUUGGGCGAGCCACUAGAUCGAGAGUUUGAGCCAGAGUCGCCACCAACUGCACCUCCUUCGAUGCCCGGUGGAUGGGACGCCGAUCAGGAGUCUCCCACGCUGAGAGACGAAAAGCCUGGCACCGAAACGGCUUUUGACCCUUUCCAGUACCAAAUUGAUGACGGUGUCAGUACUCCACCAGCUGCACCAGAACCGCCUCCCGCACACGAACCUGAUCCUUGGUCCGAAUUCGCGGAGCCCAAGAAGAGCAAGAAGAAGAGCAAACGCAACAGUGCAGCUUUCAACCUACCAGAAGUCAGCUCGCCAUWGCGGAGUGAAGUUGCUUGGGACGACUAUGUUGGUGGAGACAAACCAACCACAGACACUCGCGACGCUGCUGAGGUGACGUCCUACACGAAUGGCCAUGGCAAGGACGAGAGCUCUCGCUCCGAUCGUACUCCGAGCGAAACAACACCCAUCACGUCAGGUCGUCGUGGCAGUGACUACUUCGGUACAUCAUCUCACGGAAGCCCGCGCCGCACAUCGCCAGAUGACUCUCGCUCCGUAAAGUCUGCACCAACGACCUCACGACGCGAUGAGGCUCGCAGAGGGAGCGAUUAUUUCGACGAGCCUUCGUAUGCAUACGAGACGCAAUCAGUGGCAGCUUCGGAACCAGUCGAUGUGUACGGCAGCUCAAAGAAGUCCAAGCGUCGAUCCCGGCAUGAGGACGAGGAGCCGAGACGGUCCCGAAGAGAUGAUGAUGACGAUACCAGAUCUGUCAUGUCCACYCGAUCGAGGCGCGAURAGGAGGAAUCACCUUCGGUGAAGAAAGACAAGAAGAGUGGAAUCCUCGGUUCCCUGUUUGGACGCAAGACUGAGAGCAGUCGAGAUCCUCCUCGCCCCAGCAAGGAUGACGAAGAUGAGGAUGCUCGACGUCGGCGGAAGAAGAAGAAUAGAGAGUCGUACACCGGUGAUGAAGAUGACGACACCCGUAGUGUCAAGUCUGAGUCCCGACACAGAAGCCAUCGCUCCAGAUCCGAUUAUGGAGGCGACGACGAUGAUGAUGACACCCGCAGCGUGAAGUCUAGCCACAAAUCUCGCCGCUCAGGGACUGGUAUAGAAGACAGCAGGGAACAUCGCCGGCGCAGUACACACGACAGCGAUCUCGACCGAGACGUGAGUGACAGCGGAAAGAAGCACCAUCACCGCAGGAAGUCUGGUGAAACAAGCCGGAGCAGUUCUCGCCAUGAAAACAGGAGCGAGAGUGGGCAUCGUCCCCAUCACCACCGAAGAAAGACUGACGAAGACACCAAAGACCAGUCUUUUUUAGGGAUGCGGGUAGAGGAUAUGCCGCCUCUACCCGUUAAUGUUCCAGCCACGUCUAGUCCAGUCGCUAUUGCAAAGAGCGAGCAGGGAAUCGGCAACCUUGCUCAGACUGGACGAGAUGCUGGGACGGUGAAAACUGUCGGUAUCCAAGGCGAACAGAAGAUUCUGUCGCUGGAGACGCCCUUUUCUUCUUCUACAGAGACCCUUGUCCCGAGGCCUGGGUCGUCGCAUAGAGMAGCUUCUUCCACUGCCGUGCCACUGAGGUUUCCUGGGCAUGCCCCACCUACCCCUACCGUUGGUCAGAUGAAGGAACGAUCAGUAAGCUUCAGCUCGCCAGCUGCUCCUUCGACUGGUUCGGCACCCAGCUCGCCAGUGUCAUUGCGAAAGUCUCGACACAAUCGUCCGGGAUCCACGGAGAUCAAACCACUUUAUCUGGUGGAGCGGAAUCGCAAGACUCCAGAAAUUGAAGAUGCGCUUCCAAGUCUUCCAUCGAGCGGACCGUCCAGUCGUGCGUCCAGUGUUCAAUUGAGCGAUGCCUACGAAUCCGCGGUGGAAGAACUUGAAUCUUCGGAUGUGGAGGGAAAACAGAAGCUGCAACUUGACAUCCAAGGUGCACAGCAGUGGAUAGAGGAGCAUGGCGAUGUCUUGGGCUCCAAAGAGACAACGCCCAAAGCCAGUGAGUCGCAGCAGCAACCUUUCUUCCCUGCUGGAGCGGAGCGACAAAUCAAACAGGAGCCGCAAUUCUAUACUUGGGAGGACUUUGCGAGGGAGGAACGCACACGCGAAGUUGAUGAUGAUCUUCCGCCACUUCCUCGCAGUCGAUCUGAAUCACCACUCAAGUCUGAUCAGCAUGAUGUUCGCGAUGGUAUCAAAGUCGCCGCAGCCGCUGCUGUACUUGGAACAGCUGCUGUGUAUGCUGUGAACCAGMUCAGGAGACAGUCACCCGAUCGUGUCGUUGAUGGUGGGCGGAAGGAUGAACGAGAAGUGAUCGCCCAGGACCCAUCCGCUGCCAUCCCAGCUGCUGACAGCAAACUUGAGGCGCCAUUGAUCCGGRAAAGCUCCAUGAAGAAGAAGGGCAAGAAGAGCAAGAAACUUCAAUGGCAGGAUGAGGAAGAAGCUGGACCUACCAGCCAGACACCAGGUCCAGACAACGCCGCCUCGAUCGAUCCUGUUGCUAUUUCUCAGCAGCCGGACCUGGCGACAGUGUUUGCAUCUGCCGCUGCUCAUACCAUGCCAGUUUACAACGUUGGCAUAACUUCGCAAGAGCAGACAGAAGUCUUGACGCAUUCACCCUCGGAGGCCCUGAAAAGCGAUGAUCCGAAAGAUAGCCAAACUAGCGGUGAAGGUGUUCGGAGCCUGKACCGGUCUGCACCAUCCGAUCCGGCUGAAAUCGCCACGAGUACCCUCGAGCACGAAGAUGACCGUCCGUCAACCUCAUACAAGAUUCCCACAGCCAAGGCCGAUCCAGCGCCGCUUGUUGUUGAAGAGCGAGUUGUCACGGCAGGAACAGAUGACUCUCCCUCUGUCAGUUCUGAAAUCAAAGACGCUCCGCAGUUGACACGCAAGCAAUCGAAGAAGUCGAAAAAGAAGUCGCAGUCGGUAUCUUUGUUCGAGCAUGAGCCAGUACCGGUGCCAUCGACUUCUGGUGAUGCUACGUCUGUUGAGAAGUCCGCAGAUGCCGACCAUGCACAGGAUCAACCCACGGAUGAGGCACCGACACCACAGAUCAAUUUUGGCGUGUCUGAUUUCAGCAGUAUCGUCCAGGGGUCAGCAGCUGGGUGGCACGACUCGCAAGCCGACGCCUUUCGAUCCGUAAUGGACGCUCAGGCCAAGAAGCCUCAGGCUACGGCCCGGUCUGAUCCAUUCUCUCGCGAUUCGACUGCCGAUGAAGUGCGUACAGUGGUCGAUGGUGAUGCGCCGGUUGGUCCCAGUACGAACCAAGUCGACGAGAACGAUGAGUUCGCUUCUGUUUCAAACAAGAAGCCGGGCAAGAAAGACAAGAAGGGCAAGAAACAGAAGGAGCUCUCGUCCUCGGAGCCAAUCAAGACUGAGGUCAUUGAGUUUGCGGAUCGCCCUGAAUCCAAGCCGGAGACUGCGGAGGAGCCGGUUCCUGUCGUUGGAGAAGCUACUGUUGAAGAAGCUUCUCUGCCAACGUCCAAGAAGUCCAAGAAAGAUAAGAAGAAGAAGAAUCUGUUGGCCUGGGACGAGCACGAAAAUGCAGCGGAGUCGAAUGACCAAGAUCUCUCGCGUGAGGUUGAGCCUGAGACGGUGCUAGUGUUGACUCCAGAGGAUGCUGAACCUUCGAUCUCGUCUUCCAAGAAGUCCAAGAAGGACAAGAAGAGGCAAUCAUCCGUAUGGGAAGAAUCCGAUGCAAAGGAGGAACCCACUCUUCUGCCCGAGCAGACGGAGGUUGCAACUCAAGAGUCAUUAGAGCCCAUGCUCGAAGUGGUAGGAGACGACGCACCAUCAGUAGUUCAAGAGCCCGAAUCCGCUUUUUCUUCCAAGAAGUCAAAGAAAGACAAGAAGAAGAAGAAAUCCGCUGCCUGGGACGAGCUCGAAACCCCGGAGGAACCCGUCGCACUGCCGGAACCUCGCAGUGAGGUUGUCGAAGGCGAAACAGACCGGGCAGUCGCUCAAGAUCCUGGCCACAGCUCACAGCCCAUAUCCGAGCCGACAGAUGUGCCAUUCCAGGCUGCAUCGAAGAAAGACAAGAAGGAGCAGGCAACCCCAAAGACAGACCUAGCGAAAGGAGUUAUCGUAGCGGCUGGUGCUGCUGCUGCGGCUGCCGCAGUUGUAGAGCUGGCAAAAUCCGACGAGUCCACUCCCGAGCCGGUAUCGAACGACUUUGCUCCAGUGUCUUCCAAGAAGAGCAAGAAGAGCAAAAAGGGCAAAAAGAGUCUUGACUGGACGGAACCUGAGGCUGAGGCACCGUCCGCACCAGAACAACAGGACGAGUUCGUAGACGCCAAGGAGCCGGCCUCUCUCCCUGUUGAAGAGCAACCUGCGAGCACUCCCCAUAUCGAGGAUAGUAAGUCGGUCGCGGAGGAAUCUGCCCCUCUCCCUAUUCAACAGCAUCCUUCAGAUGAUCCCCAACCGGAAGACAACAAGCUUGCAGCAUCGGUCGUUGAGUCGAAGGAGAACAUCGUGUCAGCUCCGCGCGAAACUGUCGAAGAAGUCACAGUGACUGACGAGCCCACUUCCUCUAUCUCCACGAAACAGAGCAAGAAGGACAAGAAGAAGAACCGAAAGUCACAGGCAUGGGAACCUGAGCCGGCACCAGAGCCAGAAAAAGCAACGUCCGCACCUGUCGACGAGCCUUCAGCAGAUCAUACGGGAGAAGCGUUUGUUGUCCGCGAGACCCUGGAGCCUGCGCAGGAGGGAAAUGUUCCUGAGGAACCAAGCCUUGAACCAGAGUCUGCUCCACCGCYGGCCCGCAAGCAAAGUAAAAAGGACAAGAAAAAGGCGCGGCAGAGCUUAUCAUGGGAAGGCGAUGCCAAAGCCGAGGAGGCUGUCAACACGGAAGAUGCGAACGAUGCGCCGCCGCUCGAUGUCGGUGAUGGUGUUGAGAACGCUCCACCACCGCCGAACGCCGAGGAACCUCUUGUCGAAGCUGCGACUCCUGAAAAUGCAGACGUUGUUGCGACCAAUGCGCCUGAUAUUCCGGUCGCAGAAGCUCAAUCGGAAGCCGCUCUUGAUCUGCAGCCAGCCAACGAAGACGAAAUCAGAGCAGAAGAACCAAGUCUCCCGCAGGACAACUUUGACGACAACACUGUGCCUGAGACUGACGACUUCUUCGGGCCAUCAGAUCCCGUUAUGGAAGAGCCAUCGCGGAUGACUGAAGAUCUUGACGCAUUUGGCGAGCUCGACUCCCGCGCCUUGGAGAGAGAAGAGCGGCGAGCAGCCCGCGAGGCUGCUGAAUCUGCAAGAAUUGCGGAGUCGUUGCGCGAGCGACCAAAGGAUGAAGCUUACGCCUCGAUGCUGACUGGUAGAAAGUCUUCCAUCAAGAAGGGCAGCAAGAAAGGCCGCAAAUCAAUUUCUUCGGCUACACCACUUGUGCCAGCCGCAGAUGAACAGACUUUGCCUGUAGAAUCACCCGCGGUGGAGGAUUUUCCAAACAGCGAGGAGAUAACCAAACCAGCCGAGCCUUUGCCUUCGCUGGAGUCGGACUCUGUUGACAACCCAAUAGCGACUGAGGAGCCAAAGGACGAAGAUUUGUGGGCGUCGAGCAGCAAGAAGAAGGGCAAGAAGGGCAAGAAGGACCGGAAGUCUAUCUCUGAGAACCCUCCCAUUGUGGAGGAGCCGGCCACGCCAGCGGCGGAAGAGCCAGGGGCCGUUGAGCAGCCCUCGGCACAAGAGAUCGAUCCCAUCGCCACCCAGGUCCUCGAUGAUACUGCUCCUCAGGCAGUAGAAGCUCCCCCGGAGGACGAUGCGUGGGCCGCAAGCAGCAAGAAGAGCAAGAAUAAUAAGAAAGGCAAGAAGUCCAUCUCUGAAGGGUCGACUGCGCUUGAAGAGUCAAUGCCAGCGCCUGAAGCGUCCAUAACCGAUGAGAAGUCCGUGGCAGACGAGGUCGGUGCCGCUACCAGUCAAGAUAUCGGCAAUGUCAGUCCUCAGCCAGUAGAAGCUCCGCAAGAGGAAGUCGAUUUGGCAUUGAGUGGCAAGAAAGGAAAGAACUCAAUUUCUGAAGAAGUGCUUACCACGGUGGAGGAGUCUAUUCCUGCGGCGCAAGAGGCUACGCCAGCGCCGGAAGAGUCACCGGUCAGUGAACAGCCUGUGGCAGAUGAGCCCAAAGCCGCCACCGGGCAAGAUUUUGGCGAUGACGCUCCUCAGCCGGAGGAAGAUGAGUGGGCGACAAGCAGCAAAAAAGCCAAGAAGAACAAGAAAGGCAAGAAAUCCACGUCUGGAGAACUACCCACCACUGUGGAGGAGUCCAGUCCAGUAGCUGAGGAGACGAAGCCUGAUGAUCAAGCUCUGGCGCAAGAAAUUGAUGCCGUCGCCGAAACCAGUGCUCAGGCCGCGGAGACCCCGCAAAACGAAGACGAGUGGGCAUCGAGCACCAAGAAGAGCAAGAAAAAUAAAAAGGGCAAGAAAUCCGUUUCGGAUGCACCAGUUCUUCUGGACACGAGUGCGGGUGACGAGCAGUCUGCUGCCAGAGAAAGCGAACUUCCCACAGCUCUGGAAGUUGACCCCAGCGCCCAGCCCGAGAGCUCCAUCUCUCGUGACAUUGAUCUCAGCUCAGCGGAAACCCAGCCAGCUCCACCCGUAGCAGAGCCGCAAGAUUACGAAUGGGCCCCCACUUCAAAGAAAAAGGGCAAGAAGAACAAGAAGAACCAGUCCUUCACCGAAGUGGCGCUUGCGCAGAUCGAUGCCGAGCCAAGUGAUGAUGCUCAGGUUUCGCUCGCUCCUGGCGAAGAGCUGACUACCGAGCCCGUAAUUGCUGUUGAGGAGUCCGGUGUCCCACCCGCCGAGCUUGUUGUCGAUGUCGAGCCUGCUAAUACACAAGCUGCCGAGCCUGUUCUUGAUGUCGAGCCUGUCAAUACACAAGCUGCCGAGCCUGUUCUUGAUGCUCAUCAGUCUGAUGUACCACCUUCUGACCCCAUUCUUGAUGUUGGGCAGUCUGAGGUACCAGCUGCCGAGCCUAUUCAUGAUCUCGAGCACGCUGUCGAACAGUCCGAUGCCCCAGCCGUCGAACCGCAGGACGAAUUCGAGUGGGCUUCUAGUUCGAAGAAGAAGAAAGGCAAGAAGGGCAAGAAAAACUCGGUUAUCGACGCAGCUCCUGUGCCGGAAGAACCUCAAACAACAAGCGAGUCCACCACUCCACCAGUCCGCAACGAAGAUGUCAUCGCCGAGYCUAGCCCCGCUGUCGAAGAGUCUGUUCCGCCAGCGGCUGAUACACAGGAAGAAUCCGCGUGGAACUCCGGUUCCAAGAAGAAAGGCAAGAAGAGCAAGAGAAAUCAAUCCGUUGCCGAGGAUUUACCCGUGCCAGUAGAGGGCAUAUCUGAUGAACUCAAUGUCGAUGCGUCCAAGGAUGCCACUGUAGAGUCUGCCCCAGUCUUUGAAGAGGCGUMUACGAUCGAAACGCCCUUUGAAGCACAGGUUGAUCCAGUCGAGGACCCCGUGGAUGMUUCAUGGGCGUCCAGCUCGAAGAAGAAGAACAAGAAGAGCAAAAAGGACCGGAGCUCGACAUUGGUUGAUCCCCCUGCCGAAGUGAAUGAAGCCGAGAAAAGUGCGUCAUUGGAUGCGAUCACUCCAGCACAAGAUGAAGUCUCUGCUCCGGCUUCCACGGAAUUCGAAUCUGUUCCGAAUGCCACUGCUGCGGAUCCGGUGGAGGAAGACAUCGAGUGGGCCAUGCCGUCGAGCAAGAAAAAGGGCAAAAAGGGCAAGAAAUCCAUUUCCGGAAGUGUCACACCCGCAAUUGAAUUUGCACCAGGCGAGGUGCAGGUGCAGGCUGAUGCAAUGUCAACAUCUGAUCAGCCCGCGGAGGAGGCCUCUCGCACCGCCAUCGACCAAAUGCCGGCCGCGCGAGAGGAAGAUGUUUCCGGAGAUGUCAACAAGGAUGCGGCAGCGCAACAGAUGCCGGUAGAGGACUUGGUGUUGCCAGAAAAUACCGAGCAAGAACCUUCGCCGUCAGAUGAGCUAGCUGGAACCGCGCCUCCAAUGAGUAAGCCCGAAGAUGAAGCAGAGACAGCAGCCAACAACAAUGCUACUUCUUCGUCUACUGUAGAGACCGAGCAAAAGACGGACGAAGGUGGUUCCGAUAACAUUGUCGAAUCCUCUGUGCUACCUUCAGAAUCUCCUCAGCCUGCCGAGACUGACAAUCUCGACGACUGGGCUUCUCCUGCCAAAGGCAAAAAGGGCAAAAAGGGCAAGAAAGGAAAGCAAGCUGUGCUCGAGGACAGCGAAAUCACAAAGCCUGCAGAAACCCAAGAUACCGAAACCAACCAAGAUGGGACUUUCGAGGGCCCUCCUGAAUCUAUGGCAAUAGAGCCGCGGGAACCUCCUGCUGCAGUGGAAGACGACUCAUGGGCUCCGCCAGCCAAGGGCAAGAAGGCGAAGAAGGGAAAGAAGAACAAGCAAUCCUGGGAUACCGAAGAGCCCGCGCAGGAGAUAGUUCAAGCCGAACUUGCUCAAGCCACCGAGGAGUCUCUUGCAGAUAAAGCAUUGUCUGAGCCGAGUGCCUUGGUCGAUGCAGGUGAAGAAGCCCAGGGCGGUUCUCAGCGCGAUACUCUCGAACAGGCUCAGUUGAACGUCGAGGCAGCUACUGUUGCUGAGCCCGAGGCUGAUAUGCCGACCACGCAAUCUCCGCAAGAUAUUCAUGUGGCCGAAGCAACUCCUGAAACAGAAAUCGUCGACAUCGAGCAGCCUACAGAAGCCGAUUCUUUCGCUGCGAAAGCCUCAAAGAAAGACAAGAAGAAGGGUAAGAAGAAUCGAUCGUCUACCCAGGACCCUUGGGCUGAGACUACGGGGACUGCAACUCCAGAAAAUGCCGAGAACGAACAAGCAUCAUCUGAACCGAAAGAGAGCAGUCAAGACCAGUCACUGGAUCUUGAUUUGGCUGCUGGUGCGCUCGCUACUUUGGCUGCCGGUGCGAUCGCCGCUGAUGCUUCCACACCUGCAGAGCCCGAGGAGGAGUCGGGAAGUUUCUCGACCAAGCAAUCGAAGAAAGACAAGAAAAAGGCCAAGAGGGAUGGUGCGUCCACUCCGUCAGCAACAGCAGACGAGGCUGGUGAGAAUGUCGAUACGGUUCAAGUCUCGGUUGAGCCCCCAUCUGACAACACUGGCGUGGCACUCGAGCCAGAGAUUGAGACCAAAGCUGAGCCCGAGGAAGAAUGGGGAAGCUUCUCCACUAAGAAAUCGAAGAAGGACAAGAAGAAGGCCAAGAGCAAAGGGUCUUCAACUCCGACCGCCACUCAAGAGGAUGAGGUUCGUGAAAAUGUUGACACAUCUUCAGCCUCUUUCGAGCCCUCUGAAAGCACUGGAAGGGCAAUCGCGCCCGAGACUGAGACUUUGAUCGAGCCAGCGCAAGGCGAUCCACCCGCAAUCUCAGAGCCAGUUGAAGAGAAUGAAUUCGCGAGCUUCUCGACCAAAAAGUCAAAAAAGGACAAGAAGAAAGCCAAGCAGAGCGAAGACCUCACCACAACUUUGCCGAAAGAAGACGAAGCUGUCGAGCCCGUUGAUACGGCUCUAGCUUCAGUCGAGCCAUCUGGAGACACUGUAGCCGCAGUCGAACCAGAAUCUCAGCCUGUGGUCGAGCCAGCGCAAGAAUCUACACCUGUGAGCACGGGGCCGGUUGAGGAGGAUGAGUUCGCAAGCUUCUCCACGAAAAAGUCCAAGAAAGACAAGAAGAAGAAGGGUAAACAGAGCGAGGACUUCACUACGACUUUGCCGAAAGAUGAAGAAGCUGUCGAACAUCUUGACAGCACCUCAGCUUCUGUUGAGCCAAUAUCCGAGCCUUUGGUGGAGCCAGCGCAGGAAGUCGCAUCUGCGAGCCUGGAGCCAGUUGGAGACGAAGAAUUCGCGGCCUUUUCCACCAAGAAAUCAAAAAAGGAUAAGAAGAAAGCAAAGCAAAGCGAGUCCCCCGUGGCGGCGGUAUCGCGAGAUGAAGAAGAAUCUGUGGAGCCCACUGCCAUCGUCUCGGAGACUGCACCGGACGACUUGGGUGCAAUUCCUGAAUCAGAGAAGCAGGCAGAUGAAGUACUCGAGCCAGACGAACGGGUAAAGGUAGAGCCCGUCGAGGAAGAGUGGGGAAGUUUCUCGACCAAGAAGUCCAAGAAGGAUAAAAAGAAGGACAAAAAGGGCGGCUCGUMCACGCCGACGGUACUCAAAGAUGAUGAGGCUGUCGGGACCAUCGAUUCUGUUCACGCAUCAGUGCCGGAUGAUCUUAGGGAUGCACCUGAAUCAGGAGUACCUGCAGAGAACGUUCCUGCAGAGAAUGCUGCCGUGGAGAAUCUGCCUGCAAACGCGGAACCCUUGGAAGACGAGUGGGCAGGCACCUCGGCCAAAAAGUCCAAGAAAAACAAGAAGAAUGACAAGAAGAGUGGCUCUUCAACGCCCGCGAUCGUGCCAGAUGAAGAGGUCGCUCCGAUAGCUGACAUUCCCAUUGAGCCAUUUGAAGUCGUCACAGAAGCAGCGGCUGAAGAAAUGCCACUUGUGGAUGUCGAAUCGACCCCAGUUCCCAAGACACAAGAACAAGAACAACAAGAAGCUGUGGAAGACGAGUGGGCAGGCCUUCCUACAAAAAAGUCGAAGAAGGACAAGAAGAAGGACAAGAAGAGCGGCUCUUCAACGCCAGCGGCUAUUCAAGAUGAGGAAGUCAUUCAGACAGCUGAUCUUCCAACCGAGCCUACCGAGAUCGUCGCAGAGAAGAAUUUGCAAGAGAUACCAUCUGAGAAUUUCGAACCGACAACAAAAGAACAAGAGCCGGCAGAAGAGGCGUGGGCAGAACUUCCUACCAAGAAGUCGAAGAAAGACAAGAAGAAGGACAAGAAAGGCGGAUCUUCCACGCCGGCGGCUGUUCAAGACGGAGAUGUCAUACCCGACACCCUCUCCAAGCCCGUCGCGGGUGUGGAAGAUGUCACGACCCAACAGACAUCAUCUGAAAUUCCCGAUUCAGCGCCCAUUCCUCCAACGGAAGACCAACAAGGAGACACCUGGGAGGGCUUCUCCUCUGCCAAGAAGUCCAAAAAGGACAAGAAGAAGGCAAAGAAAAGCGGAAUGUCAACACCGGCGCCAGAGCCUGAGGUCGAGCCAUCAUCCGCUACUGGGACACAAACUGAAGCCGUAGUAGCUGAAGGGUCUUCGAAUGACCUGGAGACUCCKCCAUCAGCUGAGGAUGMAGCUACCAUCAGUGAAGCACCUGCUGCUCACGAUCACGGCGAUACGAGAACUGAGGAAGUCAUUGUGCCUGCCAAUGUAGAGCUGCCUCCAGAGCAAUCGCGCAGUUUGGAAGAAACRAACGCAUUGCCAACAAAAUCAAACCCCACGCAGGACAUUGACUUCGCCGCUACAUUGGCCGCAGGACUCGCCAAUACUGGAUUCAACCCCGACUUGGUUAUCAGCGACCCGAUCUUCCACCGCAGAGCCUCCCCACCUGGAGCAAGUCCCGAAGCUGAUCCCGAAGAAACAUUCUCUACCACAACCAGCAAACGAAAGAAGUCGAAGAAAAACAAAUCGACGGACGGUGACGAUGGAGGUACACCAGCCGAUGCUCCAACACCUUCUGUCGCGGUCACGGGAAACAGCGAAGCACCUCGGGAUGACUUCAAUGACACCAUCAGCCAAAGCCUUCAAGGAACAGGGUUUGACCCGGCUUUGCUGGAAAAGGCUCUCGCUUCAAGCAAUGACAACCCAGGCGACAUCGCCGUAGAUGAUGAGCCCGACCUCUCUUUUGUGACUACCAAGCGGAAGAAGGACAAGAAAGGCAAGAAAUCUUCGAUUGCCCCAGAGGAUCCUACGCUAGAGAGCGCUCCAAGGGACGCACCUGACUUGGACUCCCUUCCCGAUGCAGGAAUUCAAAAGGCAGGUGAUUCACAAGACAUCAUCAGCGAAUCGACAGGUGAUGCAGCCGGAGCACUCGCGACAGAGGACAACAAUCGUGCUCUGGAAGAUCCCGCUAGUGCCCUGGUGAUUGGAGGAGAUGGUGAGAUGGAUGUGGAUGAGAUGGACAAUGCAUACAAAGCCUACAAGAAGAACAAGCGCAAGCAGAGAAAGCUGAAAGCUACAAACAAGACUGACGGGUCUUCUGACAACCCCGAGAGUGCUUUGGACACUGAAAAGUCCGCGGCUGCAUCGGACAACGAGGCGAAAUCACGAAACAUGGCUGCAGAGGGUGGAUCUGCGUCUGGGCUUGGCAUCGUCGCUGCUGGCGUUGCCGCUCUAGCAGCGAGCGCUCUUGUCUCGGGUGAAGGCCAGCAAAGGUCAAUCUCUUCACAGCCACCUGCACCUGCAGAACCGGGAUGGUCGUUUUCCGGACUGGACAAGAAGGAAGGCGAGCCCAUCCGUGACAGUGGGUAUACCGAAGGCAAGCGUUCCGCGCAGCAGUCGGAGCGAUCAAGCCGCGAGGUUCCUGCGGUCGUGCAAGAGAGCUCAUCUCGAGAAAGCCUGCGCAACCGGAGAUCGCUCGAGCCAAUCCGCAUUUCCACGGGAUCCACGCCGGAUGAAGAGUGGGGUGUCAAUACGCCCGACAAGCGGGCAGAGACGAGCAAUGACAAGCACUCGCAGGCCCAUACCAGAGGCCUCAGCUCUGAUGCUCCCGCUGACACUCCACUGCUUCCAACCACAUCACCGGGAUUGUCAUCUCAACAUCAUCCCCACGAUCCACAGACACCCAAUCAAAAGUCCGAAAGCUCCGACUUCUUCAAGACAAGAUCCAUGUUUGGCGAGCCUGUCAAGCGUGCCAACUCCCAAAAUCGGCCCAUCUCGGGAAUGGAUGCUAGUAGUGAUCGCCCAUCUUUUUCGCCAGCCGGUGCUGGGGGUCCCCUCAGUCCGAGGACACCAUUGCGCCCCAUCGCGGAGGAGAGCCAGGCGAUCAAGAGAAGUAAGGCGGACACAGAUAUUGGUGGAUCUGGACAGCUCAAGGUCACGAAGCGGAGCGAAACACCUCAAGCCAUUCAAAGCAUUCGCGACCGACAUCGCACCCUUUCGCCAGAGAUCGGAGUGCCCGAAGGUUUGUCCUUGAGGGGUUUGAGACGAACCAGCAAUCCGCUCUCGACCGACGACAUCAUCAAGAGAUUGUCCUGGCCGGCGGUGGACGAGGAGAAUGACACGGUCAACAUUGAUCGAUCCGGCCCCCGCAAGGCCAUCAUGCCCGACAUGCGAUCUCCCAGCGGCAUGAGCAACCGAUCUGGCACGAGUGGGACGUAUGGACAUGGCCGAUCGGCUCCAGAAGUGCGCUCCUUCAGCCGCAACAGCAUGCAGAGCAAUCACAGCAACCAGAGCUCCACGCCUUCCCUGCGACGCAUCAACUUGUCAGGUGACUUGCGGGCCGCCAGCCGGCGGGGCGAAACGGGGUCUUCCGUUAGCGGCACUGCACCUACAACAAUCCCCUUCGAGGCGCCGCCGACACCACCGCUCAACGAUGACGAGCUGAAUGGCAUGCCGGGUAGCGCCUCGCGCGGUGGAGAUAUGAGUGAUGUUUUUCAGGGCUAUGGCGACGCGGCCGAGUCGCACGUCUCGCCGACGCGACCGCCAAGCGUGCGAAAGCGGCAGAGCAUGCACAUUAAUGAGCUCGAGUCGCGACUUGAUAUGCUCGUGGCGGAGAAUCGUGCGUUGCAAGAAGCACGACAAUCGCAAGAUUCUUCGCGAUAUGUCGUCAACGACCAGAAUCUGCUGGAAACACUGCAACAGCGCGAAUUGGAUCUCCAAGCCAAAGAUGCUGAAAUCAACCAAAUCAAGGCCAUGCUGCAGCCGAUGCAAGACGAAAUCGCCCGUCUCUCCGAGAUGAACAGCGGUCUGACGGAAGCCAACAAAAACCUCGUUGAUGACACCAAUGGUCGAUAUGCCACGCUUCAAGCCGAACAUGCUCAAGCACAUGAGCAAUGGCAAGCGACCACGCGAAACCUCGAGAACAUGCAACAGGAGCAUGGUAGAAUCACCUCCGGCAUGAAAGACAUCCUCGAGGCCGAGAUCGCCACUGCUCUUGCUGACAAGAAUGCUGAAAUUCUGCGGUUACGAGAACAACUUGACAUCGCCUCGGAACAGAUUCGGGCAUUGCAAGUGCAAAUCCAGUCCUCCAAUUCAAGCGACUUCCUCAUCCAGCGGGAUGAGGACUACUUUGAUGGUUCGUGUCAGAAACUGUGUCAACACGUCCAGCAAUGGGUGCUUCGCUUUUCCAAGCUAUCCGACAAUCGUGUCUGCCGCUUGUCAACAGAACUCAACGAUGACAAGUUGGAAGCACGUCUGGACAAUGCAGUCUUGGAUGGCUCCGACGUGGACAAGCUUCUCGGCGACCGAAUCCGUCGCCGUGACGUCUUCAUGUCUGUCGUCAUGACCAUGGUGUGGGAGUACAUCUUCACACGCUACCUCUUCGGUAUGGACCGCGAGCAACGCCAGAAACUCAAGGCUUUGGAGAAACUUCUCUCCGAUGUUGGUCCACCCCGCGCAGUGGCUCACUGGCGCGCCACCACCCUCACACUUCUCUCCAAACGGCCAAACUUCUCCGCCCAGUGCGGUAUGGACACCGAGGCGGUUGCGAUUGAAAUCUUUGGAGUGCUGUGCUUACUUCUUCCCCCUCCAUCUGCUUCUGAGCAGCAGCUUCUCGCAUCAUUGCAAAAGGUCAUACGCAUCGCCGUGGACCUUUCCAUUGAGAUGCGCAUCCAGCGGGCCGAGUACAUCAUGCUGCCACCGCUACAGCCAGAAUAUGACACCAACGGUGAUUUAGUCCGUAAGGUGCACUUCAAUGCCUCAUUGAUGAAUGAACGUUCGGGCUUCUUCAGCUCGAACGAAGAGUUGGCGGCAGAACAUGCCGUCGUUAAGAUUGUCCUCUUCCCCUUGGUGGUGAAGAAGGGAGACGAUAUUGGAGAAGGCGAGGAGGAGAUUGUCGUCUGUCCAGCCCAAGUGCUGGUCCGAAAUGAUGCGGGAAAGGGAAAGAAGGUCGUCCGCGUCAUGUCCGGUGCCAUGGAGAUUGAUGAUCCGAUUCGAAGUCGGAGUCGACUGAGCAGUAAACCUAGUGUGAUGAUGAGUGAUGCGGGGGCUUUUUGA